CAUUUUCAGCCAAUAAGCUGGGAGACUGCAUGGCGAGCACUGGUGUAUAUUUGGUGAGCUGUCCGCUCUCUCAGUGGCUUCUUGUACGCGUAUAAAUGUAGCCUCUGUGUGAGCUGGCUUCUUUCUCACAGUUGCCAUGGCUUUUCCUCGCUCGUUUCUUCUCUGCUUGCUGUCCUGCACCUUGCUUCAUCAGGGAUGUGCUCGUCCUUCCCGCUCCAGGAAAGCUGCGGCAGGUCAAGAAGAUGACGACACGAAGGCACAAAUUGAUAAACUAUGGCAAGAGGUGAACUCCUUGAAGGAGAUGCAAGCGCUGCAAACAGUUUGUCUUCGUGGCAUCAAAGCUCACAAGAAGUGUUACCUGGUCGUUGAGGAACCCAAGCAUUAUCAUGAGGCCAAUGAGGACUGCAUUGCUCAGGGUGGAACCUUGGCCACACCCCGAAACCCGAGGGAAAACAGCGACCUACGAGACUACGCCAGACUCAGCUCGCCAGGCACCAAAGACGUCUGGAUAGGUGUGACCGAUAUUGUUAAAGAAGGCCAGUACGUCGAUGUCAACAGCAUGCCCAUCACCUACUUCAAUUGGGAUCGUGCCAAGAAGGAGCCGACAGGAGGAAAACGAGAGAGCUGUGCUGUGCUCUCGCUCUCAGCACAGGGCAAGUGGCACGACGAGGUGUGUCGCACUGAGAAGAGAUACAUAUGUGAAUACCUCAUUCCUUAAUCUGCCAUUAAUAUCCAAUGCUCUAUGCAUGAUGACAAUUUCAUCACUGAUGCUGGUUAUUAAAGCUGUCUAAGGAUGUGACGUCAUGUUCCACAUAUUUGUUGUAGCAUUAAAAGUCUGGUCUGAGAGUGACUUCAGUCUGUGCAAAAUCACAUCUUUAUUAUCUGUAUUAUUGUUUUUCAAUAUUUAGAGUAGCAUACACAAGGUUGUAACAGGAAUACAGUCAUAACAGUUACAUAACUUUGUUGCAAAAUUUAACCAUAUGAUUGGCUGUGUGUGUCCGUGUGUGUGUGUGUGUGUGUGUGUGUGUGUGUGUGUGUUCAUUGUUUCACUUUCUGAUAUUUUCUGUGUACGCUUAUUAGGUCCCCAUUAAUUACAUGUUAUUAUUUCCUCAUAACGAGUUAAACACAGAUUCAUUUGAGUUAACUGAUUUACUCAUUUAAAUCCAGAAUUUGAGCUCAUGUUUAGGUUUCCAAGCAUACUUUUUUCUCCACACUGUAUCUGGAUCACAGGAAAGUCAUGUCCUCAGAAAGCAUUUCUGGGUCUAGUGUCCUCUUAUGUUAUAAGUACAAGAAUGUGUGUGUAUGGGUAAAUUUCUUUUCACUUUCUUAACCUGGCUUUGUUUUGAAUCUGUCCUCAUGCCUACUUUACCUUAAUAUUGCAUAUCGAAUUCUGUCAUCAGUGAUUGGUCUACUUAAAAUAAAUAAAUAAAUAAAUAAAUAAAUAAAGA